AUUAGUUCUCGCUACAAGCCGGUACAAUGUCAGGGAUGCGUUACUGCCUGUUCCUUGUUUGCUCCUCGGUGCUGCUCCUGCGGGCUCAGGCGGGGGAUGGAGCCGGGAAAUACUCCAGGAACGUGAAUGAGAACCGCUCAGAGCGGGACCCCACGGUGGAGUUCAGGAUAAUGAGACUGAAUCAGAUUUGGGAGAAAGCGCAGAGGCUCCAGCUUCCUGCAGUCCAACUAGCUGAACUGCAUAGCGACCUAAAAAUCCAGGAGAAAGAUGAACUGAAUUGGAAGAAACUCAAGGUAGAAGGACUGGAUGAUGAUGGUGAAAAAGAAGCGAAGCUCAGGCGGUCUCUGAAUGUGAUUUUAGCAAAGUAUGGACUUGAUGGCAAAAAGAAAUCUCAGACCGAAGACAGCAACUUUAUUAAAGAUGGCAAAGAAAACGAUAUUUUGAACGACCCACGUUUGGAAAAGUUAUGGAAUAAGGCGAAGACAUCAGCAAAGUUUUCUGAAGAAGAACUAGAAAGCUUGUGGCGUGAGUUAGCUCAUCAUAAGGAGAAAAUCGAUGAAUACAAUAUACUUCUAGACACUGUAAGCAGGACAGAAGAAAUUCACAAAAAUGUUAUCAGCCCUGAAGAGCAUGAGAUUAAGGAGGACAUUUUACAUGCCAAGCACACUGAUCUCAAAGAAAGGCUUAGAAGCAUCAACCAAGGAUAUGAACGCCUGCGAAAACUAAGUCAUGAGGGUUUCAUUACUGCAAGAGAAUUUAAUGAACCUAGAGUGAAUGAUCUAUGGGAUAUGGCAAAGGAUGCAAACUUCUCGGAUUCGGAACUAGAAUCGUUUAAGGAGGAACUGAAACAUUUCGAAACAAAAAUUGAGAAGCACCAGCAUUAUCAGAAACAGCUUGAAAUCUCCCACGAGAAGCUCAAACACGUUGCAGAAACGGGAGACAAAGAACACAUAAUGAGGAGCAAAGAGAAGCACAGCAUGCUCACCGACAAGAUUAAGGAGCUGGGAUAUAAGGUAAAAAAACAUCUUCAAGACUUAACAAGCAGAGCGUCUCGAGGUGGCCUUCGACAUAAUGAACUCUGAAGGAAAGUGCGUUCCAUCACUACUAAUGUAAAAUAAAACUCCGGGGGACAUUCUGCUUGCCAAAAUCCUAGUGCAAUGCGGCUGUAGGCAAAUCAUUUAUACUGAAUAGGCUGUGCCUCGUCCUAUAGAGACUCCUCUCUUCUCUCAUCAUCUUCACUGGAGGACCAAGUAGUGUGGAUAAUAUUGCCUGUGCCUAAAAAAUAUUCAUCAUUAACCCAAUCCGACUAACAUUUUUCCCACAGUUUUGCUUCACUCAAAAUGAUGGAACCCUGUCUCUGCCAUAUUACAAUUGUACACUGUCAAAUCUGUUAUUUAUGUUUUACUACAGAGUUAAAAUCGCCCUACAAAUAGUUGAAGCUCUGUAAUUAUGUUGGAGAACCUCCCACAUGCUUUUUAGCACCUCAAUUUUCAGCUUCGUGUAUUAUCGACAUUGAACAAAUUAUUGUAAUAAAUAUUUUAUAUGAAA